ACUGACCAAGCAUGGAGAUCCUGCAGCACACUUCCAGCUAACUUCUAUCAGAGCAGAGAGCUGAUCGGCUGGACCAGUAUGCUGGGAGGGGAUCCUGUGGAGGAGUGACAGGCAGCAGUUCUCAGGCUGGACGUUGUGUGACACAGUGGGUCCCUUCACCGCCAUGGAGUUUGGGAGAUUUCAUUCAAAGUACCAAAAACCUUUGCUGCUCAUCAUGAUGACGUUCAAACUGGGUAUACUGUGCACAGCAACAGCAGACAAGUGUCUGUCGUCCCCGUGUCAGAAUGGCGGUACGUGUCUCGACCAAAUGGGCAACUACACGUGUCUCUGCCCCAGAUGGCCCGUCCACUAUAUGGGCAAGGACUGUAGGGAGCUGUAUGACCCCUGUGUCCAAGAUGCGCCAUGCGCCAACUGUACCAGCACACUGGGCACAGGGGUCUACACCUGCCACUGCCCCGACAACUUCGCAGGGACCAACUGCACACUCAACAUCAACAUCAAGUGUGAGAGCAACCCAUGUAGGGGUGUCAGGUCCCAUUGUGUGGACAGGAUGGAUAGCUACACCUGCCACUGUCCCCCUGGCUAUGGAGGAGAUCACUGCCAGGCGAGGGACUGCUCUGAGGAGCCGUGCCACAAUGGUGCCACCUGUGUUGACACAUCGGAUGGGCACCAGUGCCAGUGCGUCCCAGGCUUCCAGGGGAGGGACUGUGAUGAGAACGUGGAUGACUGUAAGUCACUCCCCUGUCAGAACGGAGCCAUCUGUAAAGAUGACGUCAACGGAUACCAGUGCUUUUGUGUGCCUGGUUUCCAAGGCUACCACUGCGACCUGGACAUUAACGAGUGUGUGUCGCGGCCGUGCGAGAACAAUGGGACCUGUGUCAAUGAGGUGGACCGCUAUGAGUGCAACUGUCUGCUAGGGUUCAAAGGGGUGAACUGUGAAGUGGAGAUUGACGAGUGUGAGGAGCAGCCCUGCCAGCAUGGAGCCACCUGCCAUGACCGUGUGGGCCUGUACACCUGUGAGUGUGUGUCUGGGUACGAGGGCCGUGACUGUGAGCUGGACAUUGAUGAGUGUGCCAGCGGGCUGUGUCUCAACGAUGGCAACUGUACAGACCUGGUGAACAGCUAUGAGUGUGACUGCAACGGGACAGGCUUCACAGGAGAGCAAUGUGAGGUGGACAUCCCAGAGUGUGCUUCGGACCCCUGCCAGAAUGGAGCCACCUGCCUAGAGGGGGUCAACCAAUACGACUGUAUCUGCUGGACAGGUUAUGAAGGGAAGAACUGUCAGGUGGAUAUUGAUGAGUGUGAGCUGCAGCCCUGUGAGAAUAGAGGAGAGUGUUUUCAGCGCUCAGAGCUGCUGCACUACGGGGUGCUGUCUGGACUGGAUGACAGGGAGUUCAACUAUGAGGAAGCAGCUGGGUUCCUCUGCCACUGCCAGCCUGGGUUUGCUGGUGAGAGCUGUGAAGAGAAUAUAGACGAGUGUGAGUCUGCUCCAUGUCAGAACGGAGGGAGCUGUGAGGACCUGGUCAACUCAUACCAGUGUGACUGUCCACCUGGGUUUACAGGUGUGCACUGCGAGGUAGACAUUAACGAGUGUGAGAGCGGGCCCUGUCAGAACAGCGGGUCCUGCAAGGACGCUGCCAACGCCUACACCUGCAACUGUGUGAAGACGGAUCCAGGGGAGGAGCCAUGGGGUGGCCAUAACUGUGACGUCCGUCUGAUUGGCUGCAGGGAACACCUGUGUGAGAACGGAGCCACGUGUGUGCCCAUCCUAAGCCAAGAAGAGCACAGUGGUGACGAUGGGGAUGAACAAGAGCAUGGCCACACCUGCCUCUGUCCCCCUGGCUUCACUGGGAACCACUGCAGCAUUCCCACCACCUUCUCCUUUAACACAGAGGGGUAUGUCCUCAUCCAGCUCCCUCCUACAGCUAACAGGACCAGUAGAGGGAUUGACCCCCAGCACCACCACCACCACUAUGGGAUCCACGUCCAGCUGCGCUUCAGGACCACCCUGGCUGAAAUGCUGCUGUUCUACAGAGGGGCUGAGCACUACUUUGUGUCCCUGGAGAUUGUGGGGGGCCAUAUCCAUGCUAGAGCUGGAUCAGGGAAGGAGCUACAGGCCACCUACCAUCUCCCUGUCAAUGACGGAGACUGGCAUGAGGCCAAAGUGACCAUGGAUGAGAAGCUGGUGCUGAUGGUGAAAGGACCAGGCUGUGACAAUGACGGGGGAUGCACAGUGGAGGACGAAGGACACAACCAAUUGAUCUUCUUCCAACCUGGAUCAUUCCCCCAGGUCUAUGUGGGUGGGGCCCCCCAGAAGUAUCUGGACAACACAGAGAGUAGGAAGGGUUUUAUUGGCUGCAUGGAGGAUCUACAAGUUGACCACCAGCUGCUACUGCCUCAGGAUAUCUCUCCAGAGCACAUCCAAGACAUGGAGCUGGGCUGCAACAAGACCGACUGGUGUCAUCCUGACCCCUGCCAUCAUCGUGGGCAUUGUAUUGACCUGUGGACUAGCUUCAGCUGUGAGUGUGAUCGACCCUAUCACGGCUCCUUGUGUGAAGAAGAAUACCCCUCAUGGACAUUCAGCAAUGAAGACACUGUGAGCUAUGCUGCCUUCAACAUCAACCAAACGGACGGAGAGAACUUCAACAUCUCCUUCUUCCUGCGCUCUCUGAAGCCUAGCGGACUGCUCCUCCAGCUGCGGAGAGGGAGGAGGGCCUACCUCACCCUGUACCUGCGGGAGGGAACCCUGGUCUUCAACAGCCCCCCCACCACCCUGUUCUCUAACGGUACCUACAUCACCAGCGGACAGAGGGAGCUGGUCACUGUGGUGGUACGCCAGGGUCAGGUAGGGUUCAGUCAGGGUGGGACACAGUUAUCCCUGGGGAAGGUGAGGAUGGAGCAGGGGGACGUGGUGUACAUGGGGGGUCUGCCACCGGGGGAGUCCACUGCCCCUUGGGGAGGUCACUUCAAAGGCUGCUUGCAGGACAUCACUCUGGACCACAUGCACCUGUACCGUAACCUCCCAGAGGAGGAGUGUCACACCCACAAAGCGUUCCAGUGCUACUUCCCCAAAAAAUCAGAGAACGUGUUGGAUGGCUGUGUCAGUGAUGAGGCAUGCAAGGCUGGUCCCUGUAAGAAUGGAGGAACGUGCACAAUCACCUGGAAUGAUUUUGAGUGCACCUGUCCCAUGAACUUCUCUGGCAGGCGAUGUGAGACACGCGUGUGGUGUAUUAGCGACCCCUGUGUCGUGGGCAGCCAGUGUGUGGAUCUAGUUGACGGUUACGAGUGCCUCACUAGCGCCACCUUUGAGAGCAACGCUCUGCAGUUCACCGCUAAUGGCUCGCUGGUUGCCACGGUGACCAGUGUCUCCAUGGAUAUACGUACUCGGGAGGAGAACGGCGUGCUGCUGCGGGCCACUAACGGAGCAGAGGUCUUCUGUCUGGGUUUGCUCAACUCCUCCCUGCUGGUCAAACUACUGAGCGGCAACAGCCUGGAGCUACAGGCCUUCACCAGUGACCUGCCCAUCUCAGACGGGGCCUGGCACCACCUCCACCUGGCCAUGACAGACCCCCUGCAGCCUGUGUCCCGCUGGCGCCUCACUGUGGACGGGCGCAGGGCUGGCAGCACCAUGGGCACAGCCGGGCACCUCAACUUCCUCAACAACACCACCGUGUGGCUGGCAGAGAACUACACAGGCUGUCUGGGAGAGGUGAGGGUGGGAGGAGUCUACCUACCUCUGUUGGACAACCAAGAGGCCCCUCAGGCAGCCCGGUUUGUCAGACAGGGGGGUCAGGAGAACAAGAUGGGGUGUGUUGGUGCUGAUGUGUGUCAGUACCAGCCCUGCCUCAACCAGGGCACCUGCCAGGACCUCUGGAACCUGUUCAACUGCAGCUGUGUCCCGGGCUGGGAAGGAGAGUUCUGCCAGAGGGACACAGACGAGUGUGCCUCAGGCCCCUGUGCCCACGGCACCUGCACAGACCUCCUGGCAAACUACCAGUGUGAGUGUCACAAAGGAUGGGGGGGCAGGGACUGUGAGGAGGAGGUGGAUGACUGCCUGGAGCACAGCUGUUUGAACGGAGGCUCCUGCCUAGACGGGACGGGUACCUACCAGUGUGUCUGCCCCCCUGGAUACACCGGCCGCCGCUGCCAAUGGAGAUUUCCUCCACAGCAGUGUGAUGAAGAGACGCAGUGUGACAACGGUGGGGUCUGCAUGGAUGGGAUCUGGGGUACCAACUGCACCUGCAAACCUGGCUACACUGGAGACUGGUGUGAGGCAGAGAUAGAUGAGUGUGAGUCCAGACCCUGUCUCAACGGUGCUACCUGCCUGGACCGACUCAGCAGCUUCCAGUGUGUGUGUGUGCCGGGCUUCAGCGGCACACAGUGUGAAAUCAAUAGACAGGAGCAGAGGCAGCGCAUGCCCUGGCUGGUGGUGGCCAUCCCUCUGGCCAGCCUGUGUGUGCUGCUGGCUGUGGUGGCCCUGGUGUUCAUGGUGCUGACCGCACGCAAGAAGCGCCAGUCGGAGGGCACCUACAGCCCCAGCACCCAGGAGGUGGCAGGGGCACGGCUGGAGAUGGGCAGCGUACUCAAAGUGCCCCCCGAGGAGAGGCUCAUAUGAGCCCCACACACAACAGCAACACACACUACCUUCACUCGGCUACAGGUCGGACACCUAGCCUCCCUGGCUCAGACACACAACCAGACACAGGCGAGGACUGGUCAGACUCACUAAGAGGUGGCCAGGGUGUGAAAGGUCACCAGUGGUGUGGACAUGUGCCCUCACAGUGGUGCCACCACCACACUGCUGCUCCUGGGUCAUGGGGUUGGGGUGAUUAAACCCGGAAGUAAUCUCUUUAUAGAAAGAGGUGACUUGGUCUGUCUGAGCCGCAGAGAAGGGCAGGAUAUCAAAUCAAAAUCAAAUCAAAUUUAUUUAUAUAGCCCUUCUUAAAUCAGCCGAUAUCUCAAAGUGCUGUACAGAAACCCAGGCUAAAACCCCAAACAGCAAGCAAUGCAGGUGUAGAAGCACGGUGGCUAGGAAAAACUCCCUAGAAAGGCCAAAACCUAGGAAGAAACCUAGAGAGGAACCAGGCUAUGAGGGGUGGCCAGUCCUCGUCUGGUUGUGCCGGGUGGAGAUUAUAACAGAACAUGGCCAAGAUGUUCAAAUGUUCAUCAAUGACCAGCAUGGUCAAAUAAUAAUAAUCACAGAUAGAGGAUGAAAGAGCUCUCGUCUCCACAAGACUGGAGCACUGCUGUCGGUUGAGUCUAAUCAGCUAGUCCCCUUCCUGGAGUGAUGAACCAUACUGGACUCCAGUGGCUCUCUAUACAAUAGCUACCAGUGUACAUUCUGUAGCCCACAUUGAUUAGGUGUGAGUUCACUCUAAAGACCAUUUUCAUGGUAAAACAUGAUAUUUUUCUCUGGAUGUGCAGUUAACAGUUAACAGGCAACACACUAUACCAAUAAUGUUCUUUCCGACUCCCUGUAAAUACUGUAAUUGUCUUAUUUCUAAAUCUAUGAUAUGUGUUUUUUGUUCAUGUCAUUGUCUUGUGCAAAUGUAUGAGGUGCUCCUAAAACUCGAACUCAUAGAAAGUGGUUUGAGACCACUUUAAUGCUAUCAGCCAUCUCAAACUCUGAUGCCACAGUACUCAGACAGGAUACAUUUACCCAAACCUACACUCCUGUCUGUCUCUUAAUCUAUCCUCACCAGAGCCACAACUUAACCAGCCAAGUGAUCCAUGGACGUUUUCACUGUCCACCGAAGGUGCUCAAGCUAGAUCUUGUGCUCUAGUUCUUUUCUGUAACUAUGGAUGAUGUACGACAUGCAUAUACUGUAACUAAGCUGAAUGAAAGUAAUUAAGUUUAUGCAACCCCAUACUAAAGGCAAGUCAUUGAAAGAUAAUUAUGAAUUGACUUCCACAUAACUUUAUGAAUGCGUUUGGAUGUGCCUUCCUUACAGAAUGGAUGGAACGCUGACAAACCCAACAUUCCACUCUUGUACAUUCUCCAUUGGAUAUGGUAUCUAUCUAUAUGUUGAUUUUUGUAUGGUCCUAUCUACAGUAUAGUUGACUGGAUGGAACUAUGUAUUGUCUCAAAGGAAAACUCACUGUGAUUAUUGUGUUGAUGUCUGUGUGGAAUGCUGUAGAGCGGUAUGACUGACCGACAAAUAGACAGAGCAGGUUUCUGUUUGAGCGCUGUCGGUCCUCCCCCUCCCAUUCCUGCAGGGCUAGGUGAUACAGUACGAUCCAGGGAGACAUGUACUGACUAUACACUGAUGUUAGCGCUGUCGGUCCUCCCCCUCCCAUUCCUGCAGGGCUAGGUGAUACAGUACGAUCCAGGGAGAAUAUGUACUGACUAUACACUGAUGUUAGUACUGCUUCAGUGUUGGAUUAUACAGAGUACAUUCCAGUGUUGGAUUAUACAGAGUACAUUCCAGUGUUGGAUUAUACAGAGUACAUUCCAGUGUUGGAUUAUACAGAGUACAUUCCAGUGUUGGAUUAUACAGAGUACAUUCCAGGGUUGGGAUCAAUUAUAGUCAAUUCACAAAGUGAACAUUGCCCAGUGAAUUGUCAAUUGAAAACUGAAUUGACCCCAACCCUGGUACACUCUGGAUUCGCAUCUACAACAGGGGAUAGAUUAGACUGAUCUGUAUUUUAGUUCUGAAUAGUAUGGUAGGAGUUUACACUGGACGCACCUCUACUCAGGCAGUACCAACUACAGUGUAAAGAAUAGCAAGGUAUGCUGGGUAGGCUACACUGGUAUGUAUAGGGAGUAUUCUGUGAUUAUUCUGGAAAAUGUGAUUGGGUAGCAACACUGUAACAUGAUGCAAUUGUAAAUAAUGUGAUUUAUUCAAAACUCUAAUCUUUCUAUUGGAUGUCAACAGUUAAACUGAUGCAAAAGAGAAUGAUAAUUAAAACAACACCAUGAAAUGAA